AUGUAGUCCAAUCAUAAAAUUACUCCCAAUAAUCCAUUUUACAAAGGCACUUAUCCUUAGACCAUCUUAGUAAAGGAUAAGUAAUAACCUUCCAAAACUCGUUAUGACAGGUAAUCACAACCCAUCAUAAGAGGCAAAGGCAACCAAGCAGUUACUUUUAAACAUGAUAUUCAUUAAAUCUACACAGUCGAGAAUUGGAAGAUAUAUAAAAUUGAGAAUGAAACUCAACCUAACGAAAACAAAUGCUGUUUUAUAAUCUGA